GGACCAGGCGUGAUGAUGGACCAAUAAUAUCUGGGCACUGCAAAUUACUCUAUCUUCCGGUGACGACCCUCUUUCUCUUCCGGAAGAUUCAGCGUGACCGACGUUUCGUGUCUGUAUAGACUUAAAAAUGCGUUACGUGUCCGCUUACCUACUGGCUGUGCUUGGUGGCAACACCAGCCCCUCCUCCAAGGAUAUCAAGACCAUUUUGGGGAGUGUAGGAAUCGAGGCCGAAGAUGAGCGCCUAGACAAGGUUGUCAAUGAAUUGAAUGGAAAAGACAUCAAUGAAGUCAUGAACUCUGGUCUCUCUAAAUUGGCCUCCGUGCCAGCAGGUGGUGCUGUGGCGGCUCCUGCUGCUGCUGGGUCUGCUGCAGCUGGAGUUUCUCCUACUGCUGCGGAAGAGAAAAAGGAGGAGAAAGAGGAAUCUGAAGAGGGAUCUGAUGAUGACAUGGGAUUUGGACUCUUUGAUUAAUCUUCCUUCCGUUAGAGGUUGAAAAACCAAUAAUAAGAUGGAAAUGGUUAGAAGAAAGCCACUGUUGUCUUCAUUUUUUUUUUAUAUGUUAUUUUAUCAUUAACGUUCAAUUUUGUAGGACCGUUAAAGGGGGGGGAAGUGAAUGUUACAAUGACACAAACACAUUGUGUAGCUCACUGAGAUAUUGACCUUGGCCUGCGCCAAACCUGAAGUCUGGCAGAACAGUAGUAUUCCUUUUGGCAACGACCACAUUUUCUUGAUAUGGGAAAAGGUAUUUUGCGUGUAAUGACGCUGUUGGGAUUAAUUUGUCGAUCUAUGCUAAAAAAGAAACCUUGUUGGAUUAUAAAAUAUCAAGAACCGUAAA